AUGAAGCUCUUCUGGCUGCUCCUCUGCCUCGCAGGGCUGGUCCCCGCCAGCUGCAACGUGUUACAGUUUGGUGCAAUGAUUACAUUCAAGACCAAGAAAUCGCCGCUGUCCUACAAUGGUUACGGCUGGCACUGCGGCUUGGGGGGAUCCAAACAGCCGCUGGAUGCGACUGACUGGUGCUGCCAUGCCCACGACUGCUGCUACAAGAAGGUGGCUUCCUCUAGCUGCAGUCCCAAACUGGUCAUGUACGAAUACACCACCUUGGGAAGCCAGAUCAUCUGUGGAUCCAAGACUUGGUGCAAAAGACAGAGCUGCGAGUGCGACAGGCAGGCGGCAGAGUGCUUCCAAAAGACAGCCAGGACCUACCACAACCCUUACAAGAAUUACCCCUGGUUUCUGUGCAAGGGCAAAACUCCCUCCUGCUAG